AUGGAGGCGAAGAGGUCGAGGCCGCCCACCAUUGCCGCACUGUGCGUGCUCCUCCUCCUGGUGCUGCUGCCCGGGGAGGUGGCCGCCAAGUCCAAGUUCUGCAAGUGCUUCGACGACUGCUUCCCCGGGUGCACGAACGACGACGUGCCGCGCUUCCUCUGCAAAGUGUUCUGCGCCAACAAGUGCAGCCCCAACCAGGCCGCCAGUGGCGGCGACGCCAUGUGCAGGAUGGCCUGCAACAAGCUGGAUAUCGAAAUCUGCGGCUGGUCAGCGGCACCGACAGAUGCGGCUGAUGUGGCCAUCUGCGUGGAAAAGUGCAACAAGAAAUGGAGCCACAAUUAA